AUCAGCGGUGUUGCAUUCGAGGACGGGCAGUGAGACGAGUGAGACAUAGUGAGACAUAGCGCGUGUUUACAUUCAGCGACAGGAUGACAGCAAGAGCACGCAUUCUUCUUCAUCAGUAACAAGUCCAGUGAGUGGUGUGUUGGAAUGUCAGCUCUGCUGAUGAUGUGUGCUGCUGUGUCUGUAAACGCACAGUAUCAAGAGCCUUACGAAAAUCAGCAGGGUCCUUCUCACUAUGAUCAACCGCAGCGACCUCUUCCAGUCAUUCUAAUGCACAAGCAAGCCCUCGCUCAAGAUGGCUCCUUUAACUACGCCUUCGCCGCAGAUAAUGGCCUCCAGCAGGGCGAAUCCAUCAGCCCAGAUGGCACCAGAAGAGGAUCUUAUUCCUACGUUGAUCCUAAUGGCAAGAAGAUCAGCGUAAAGUAUACUGCAGGAAAAGAAGGAUUUAGGAUCUUGGAAGGUGAUCACCUUCCUAAAGCUCCUCCAGCACCUGUGGCAGCUGCACCUGCUCCAGUACCGCAAGGUGCCUUUGCGCCUAGACCGUCUCAUUACAGCGCCGCACCAUCCUAUCCUACCACGGGUUAUCAAGGCGCCGGAACCAAUGCUGUGUUCCGUGCCCAAGAGGGCGGCCCCUACUAUAAGGUGUAUGAUGAGUACGAGAACAAGUCCGCCUUCAAGAGUCCAUAUCAGGCCACAGCACCCGCGUCUUUCCCGGCAGCGGAACAGCGACGCCCACCUACACAGUAUGGCAGAAGCAAUGCGCAACCCGACGCCGAAGGCAGGCAAGAGCCGCACACUUUCGGCGGCGGUUAUGCCUUCCAGUUUUCUGGAUGAUGUUUUCGUGACUAAAUAUACAAAUGAGACUUCGGAUUUUUUUUUGUCGGCGUCUUGUCUCGAUCUUGGUAUUUAUUUUCUAUUUAUAUUGAAUGAAUUUAGUAAAAAUUUGUUUACAAGUCCAGUGGUCGAAGCUGUUCACAGUGAUCUGCUUUGAAACGCCAAUAUGGCUUAGACAGCGACAAAUUUUGGUUCUGCAUCACGGUUGGUAACGAUAACAGUUUAGUUUAGAGACAAUACUAAUUACGGAUUUCCCGAUUUUAAAAUGUGAAGUGUGUCUGUGACGCUAGAGUAAUCUUUCAGUCACACUCGCAGGUUCGAAGUGCUAACUGUUUAUUUAUGCUUUGUAUUCUACGGGAAUGUUGAAACUCUUUUACCAGCUUUUGGAGGAAUAUUUUACAUUAAGCACCUUGGAAAUUGAAAAAUUUAAAUGUUAACUGUUGUUUAAAAAUGUCUUUUAUUUUGAGAAUAACAAUCCUGGAAUAUAAAUACACUAACCCGGAAAAUAUUAUUAUGUUUAAUUAUAUCAAAUAUAUUCAUUUUAAUUUUGGAAAUCUGUGAAUAAAAGAUGCACUUAUAGUAUUCAGACUUGUAGCUGAUAUAUAUGUAUUUGUAUUUAUUAUCAACCUUUUAUUGUCGCAUUAAAUUUUAUUAGAAAACUGACCAUGUUCCUCUAUUGUAAAGUGUGAAAUAUAACUUGCAUAUGGAUCAAACCAUUGCGUUUCUUGGGAACAAACACCUACACUUUCAAGGAGUAGCUAACGUUGAUAAACCAGAGGAAUAUUGUAUGCCAAUAUACACAUUAAUUUUCAUACCAUAAUUUGUAUGCUUUAUUUUUUUCUGUUUUAAGCAACUACGGCAGCACCGCUAUAUUCUAUGCCCAGAGAUCGAAAUUUGUGUCCACAAAAUUUUAAUUUUUUUUUUCUAAAAAUAUGAAACUACUACAGUUACAUUUUUUUAUAUUAAUCAUCAAUAUAGUAGAAAUUACAAUGGUUACUGAUAAGGUAGUUAACUUCUUACUUGACAUUUAUAAUCUCAGUAUAUACAAGUAAGAAUAAUAUAUUUUAUUAUUAAAAGAGGUUAUUUCUCAAAUGUUUAAAUUUCUGUAAAGAGAAAUGGAUCUCAAUUGGAGGCGUAUAGUGAUCGUUGGAAAAAGAAACGUACCUAUAAGAAGCAGGUAUUCUCUUCAGUUCACAGAUGACGUUUCAACAUCGCACUAACAAUAAGCUCUUUGUUAUCAUAGUGUUCACAUGUUGUUUUCAAAAUAAAUAUGUGUCUGCAUAUA